AGACAAAAGAACAAACAUGGCGGACGAGGACGUUGAGAUGGACAAUUUUUCGGAAGACAGAGCUGAAUCGGCGAGUGAUUUCGCUGGAGAUGAUGAAAAUGAAAAGGUAGCUGGGCCAUUUUAGCAUCCUUCCAAGAAAAUGUGUCUCUCGGGAGAGUUACUCUUCAAAUGAUGACAUGUGAUUUGAUCUUAUUUAGUUUUGCUGAAUAUCAAUUGUACUUUGACAGAUCGAGUAACGGACCAGUAGAGUGGAUACAUGUAAUCAACAUUCUAAGAAAAGAAAGGAUUUUUAAUUAGUAAAGUGGCGUUUAAUUUUCUCGAUAGUUCAUUGUAUGGAACAGUUUUACCACUUUAUGGUGCGUUGAAAAUAUGCAAGCAGUGCAGUGGUAUCAUUCACGUACUAUAGCUAUGGAAAUAAAUAUAUACUGAAAAAUAGAUUUGCCAAACGGUUAAUGGUGUCAGCUGUAAUAUAAAUUUCAUCAGUGUUAAGAACCUUGGUAAAUUAUGUUGUUUUCGGAGAAAACUUCAAAUGUACCAAUGUUCUGUAUCCAUCAAAAUAGAUAUAGAUGGCUACACUGUCUACCUUACUUUUGCUGUGCAUACAUUGUAAACCUUUCCAAUCAGCUGCAAUUAUCUCAAAAUGAUAGCCCAUGGUGAUAUCAACCAAUGCUAUGAUGUGGAAUGUUCUUUUUGACAUAUUUGAUAGAUGGAUGCAUACGACACUCUGGAGAGUGAGCCAGAGAUACGAGUGGACAGGAGCCUCACUGACAGUGAUCUUAUGAUAGCUUUAGCUCAAGUGUCUGAGAACAAACACAUGAUGCCUGGAAAUGGACAUAUUAAACGUGAUCUUAACGCGAGUUUGAGCAGCAGCAUUAGCAGCCUUGGUAGUAGUCUUAACAGCAGUGGAUUACUCCUCAGUAAAGGCAAGGAAAGCACAGGUUCAGUGCCUAGGAAAUCUGCCAGAGGAAAGCGUAAAUUGGACAGUAGUCAACAAUUAUCUUCAUCUAAAAAAACAAAGAGGUGACCAUUUUGUUAUCAUAUUAAUUCUACCUGUUAUAGGCAAUUUGUUUGUAAACAGUAAUGUUAUAUUACUGGCAGCUUUGACAAAGUGCAAAGGAAAGAUAAGUGAGGGAAAAGAAAAAAAUACCAAUACAGCAGUAUUAGGCCACCAUGUACUGGCUAAUACAAAUUUGAUAGCAUUGAAAAAUAAUGAUACUUUUAAGAACCAAGAGAAGAACCAUUCAUUCUCUUUGUUCUUGUGAGUGAAGCUCAAAGCUUCACUUGUAACAGAAACUACACAUAUACUCAUACUUUAAUAAUGUAUUAUUAAACUUUUAAUUUAUUUGUUUCUUCUUUGUUUCUCUAGCGAUAUACCUCCUUCCCAGAAACUGCCACCCCAUGGCUACCCAUUAGAGCAUCCUUUUAAUAAGGUUAGUAUUGGUUUGCACCAAUUUAGAAAACCCCUAAGUGAGAUACUUAACUGCCCAAGGACUGAAAUAUUGUACUGCCCAAAAGAACUGACACAACAAUGGGAACAAUCACAAAGUAAAGAACUAAAAGCCCAUCUCAUCCCUUGUUUACUCUCUGGAAUUUUUCUUUAAGGGUGUAAGGAAUUUAACUCUAGCAGUGUUAUUUGAAAGUUCAGAUUUUUUAUCUGUGGAAACUUUUCUUAGAGUAUGAAAAAUCAACAGAAUUAAAAAAUUGAAAUAUAUAAAAUGAAAUACUUUUUUUUUUAUAGGAUGGAUACAGAUAUAUUUUGGCAGAACAAGAUCCAAAUGCCCCUCUAGCAAAUAUGGACAUGGAAUUCUGGGCUGGGAAACCCAUUCCUGGAGAUCUUUACAGAAUUAAAUUACACAAGGAAGUUCUUCUAUCUAUGAAUGAUAGAGGUUUGUAGAUUGUAACAUGAAAAGUUUUUAAGUUUAACCCUUUCGGUCCAAAGAAAGACUAGCAUCUAUACAUCAUCACUACUGAAUCAAACAAUAAGGUCAUGAAAAUGACCACCACCAACCUAAGAAGCUCUUGAUUAUUAACCCUUUAACUCCCAGAUCAAAUUUGUAAUUCUCCUUACUGUCAGCUAUACAAUUCUCAUAAUGUUAGUUCAGAGAAUUUAGUAUUGGAUCAACUAAUUAUUCCCAAAUUGAUAUUUUUAUUCAUUCUCAUCACUAAUCUGGUUGAUAUUGAGAUAUUGUAAGGAGAAAUUCUGUCUUGGUCACUCAUGGGAGUUAAAGGGUUAAACAAAUUCUCCUUCUCAAUACUAAAGGAAAGUCACGUUGUCUCUUUUUCAAUACCAUCUAAAUGUGUAGAGAACAGUAUGGAGAAUAUGCAUAUUGACCUUUGGUGUAAAGGGUUCAGAGUGGAUCAGUUGAUUUAAAAUUUUGUAAAUUGUAAGGGAAAUGCACCUUCUCAUGCUUAUGACAAAGCAAAUAAUUUCUUUUAAACUUUUUUGUUGUUUUAGCUCCUCAACUCAAGUUAUCUGAUGAUAGACUAUCAGUGACAGGAGAAAAAGGCUACUGCAUGUUACGUGCCACUCAUGGUAAGCCGCUGUAAUGUAAAGCAAAAAGUGCUCCCUUUUACAUGUUAUAUAAAAGAGCUUUAGACAUUCAGAAACCUAAAGGACUUUGUAUACACUUGUGUGAGAGGCAUGCCAGUUUCUUUCCUUUAAUAUCAUUGGUCAGAUAAAUUUGUUGAAGUGACUCUGGUAAUAAUUGUAAGACUGUUAAAGUUACCAAAGGGACGUGCAGUUUUAAAUCACAUGUCAAAAAUUGCUGUGACAAUUUUGUAGGUGUCUCCAAGGGAAACUGGUACUUUGAGGUAAGGAAAAUCAAAAAUUAUUGUCCAUUUAUUUACAACAGAGUAACAUGGCAAAUUCGCUAUUACAGUACAUACAUGUUGUGUUUGUGAUAAUAAAAGACAUUAACAGAAAUCAAAUACAGUUGCAAUAAAAUUUUUAGUUUUAUACCAUUUGAUUGCAAUUAAAGUCAACUGAAAUGUUUCCUUAUUGAGACAUCUUAUGGAAUAAAGUGUCAUUGUUGUAUGUUCCAGGCUACUGUAGACAUACCUCCAGAUACAGCCACAAGAAUUGGCUGGUCACAGCUUUAUGGUGAGAAAGUGAUCUAUUUAUGUACAGUUGAACCUCUGGCUACUAAUGGCCACCUCUAAAAUAUUCAUUUUGUGAUGUCCUGACUGAUGGUCUGUGCAUUCUUUCUUAUUUUCACCUCUCUAUGAAGGCAAAGUGCAUUUUAUCUGCCAAAAGAACUUCUUGGUAACAACUUGUUAAUCACACACUUACCAAUUGAAAGAAAUUACAAAAUACUUGAAAGUUAAACAACCUUAGACAGUUUGAAAUGUCUGGAGUACUGAAUCAACAUAGCAAUAAUAAAUAAAACCAGAUGUGACAUUUCACCCUAUUGUCUUACAAUGACACUUUUCUGUCAUGGCCACUUUUCUCUGCGUCAAAGGACAGGUGCCUGUCAUGGAGUUCUUUGACUUGAUGAAGUCUAUAUUGACAGAGGAAAUCUUAGUCUGCUCUUUUUGUCUUGGGUAGGAAAUCUACAAGCUCCUUUAGGUUAUGAUAAAUUUAGUUAUUCUUGGAGAAGUAAAAAGGGUACAAGAUUUCAUGAGAGUAGAGGGAAACACUACAGGUAUGUUAUAAACAAUCCAAAUUUUUCUUUGAUGUCCUGUAAUUGUAACUAAUUUGUAAAUUAAUCUGGUGAAGGUAAGUUCUACAUUUGAACAAAGUGGCCCCUCCAGCCAAAGUUUAUUAGGCUUCCUACUGUAUGAAGUAAUUGAGAGUAUUGGUACUCAUCAUGGGAUUGGAUGCCAGUCCAUUAAGGUUACCUGUUGCAUUUUUUCAAGUAUCCCUGUACGCUUGCCAACAGCUGUUUUAUACUCCUAGCUCCAGUUGUUCAAGGGGUGGAUAAUGCUAUCGACUGGAUAAAUAUCUAUCCAGUGGAUAGCACAGUAGGUUUUGUUAACACUAAUCCACUGGAUAGCAAUUUAUCUGUCAGAAAGAAGUAUCCAUCCUUUGAACAACUGGGCUUUGGGUGGAAAGAGGUACUGUGAGAGUGAAAUGUCUGGUACAAAAUUACAACACUAAGACUUGACCAGGGCCAGAACUCAGACUUCCCAAGGCAGAGUCCAGCCUGCUGACUAACCUCUUGGCUACCACAUCUUACACACACUAAUCUGAGCAUGCAUUAUAAAUGUGUCUAAUUUUAGUAAAGGAAGGGUAAAUGUUUUUCUUUAUUUGUAGUAGUGAUGGAUAUUCAACUGGUGAUGUAAUAGGGUUUUUUAUCAGUCUACCACAAAAUGACAGACAUCCAGGUAAAAUGCAUGUUCUGUUUGUUAGGUUUAUUUUUAAAUAAUAUCUUUCAUUCGCUGGUUGUGUCACAGCGGCCAAUCCUAAUAGAGAUUUCCUUGACAAGCAGUCAAUGAGGUCAAAUAAAACAACAAAACUACUUGAUUCAUUUGGGAGUAACCAAUUAACAGAGUCCAUGCUGUCAUGCAUCUGUUCAGUAAUAGAUCACUGAUGUUGUCAAAAUGUAAUAAGUCAGAACAAGACACAGCUGAGUGUGUCACUGAUGUCUACAAUAAACCAUGUACCAAAAGUCCAGACAAACUGCUUAUUUUAUGAUGGCUUUAUUUUUUUCUGAGAAGUUUUAGGGAAAGAAACAAUGAAAAUUUAGAAAACAAUUAUGAGGUAAUUAUUUAGUACUGUUACAAGAUUAUGUUUUCUUUUUCAGCGGGAUUUCUUCCUGCGACAUAUAAAGAUAAGGUAUGUGUCAAAAAAAAUGCAAUUAUACUCUUUAUUUUCUUUCUUUCUUUCUUUUUUAAAAAUCACUGUUAUGGUUUAUUUCUCUCUCUAAGGCAUUAAUAAAGUUCAAAAGUCAUCUUUACUUUGAAGAAAAAGAUCACGUGGACAAGGCGGAAAAGGUGUGAAUUACAAAACAUAUCAGCUGAUAUGACUCGAUACAAACUCACAGCCAGGGGAGGGGUGACCACCUCCCCAGGUGACUGUCGUCCAAUUUAGGUUUAGCAAUUUUUUUGUCAGCUUACUUCUCAACUUUACUAGUAUUUUGUAUUUUCUGAAGUAGGAUAUUUGCUUAAUUUAUGUAGUUAACAAAUUGACAAGAUCAAUUCCAUGAAAUAUGAAGUAUUUAAGGAGCAAAAAAAUAAAACUCAAAGGAAGAAAAAAACUGUGAAAGGAUGCUUUGUGGAAAAGUACACAAGGCUAAUGUACACAAACAAAACAAUAAGGAACAUAUUUUGAUAAUAGUCUGUUCUUUUGCAGAACCUAAAACCUGUGCCAGGAAGUCAGGUAUGUUUCCAAGCAAUCAGCUUCAGGAACUCGUCAACACACAAAUGAAUAAGAUAAUUUGGUUAUAUCAACCAAGUUGAUUAUGUAAAUUGGCCACCGUAAAGAGUUUCUAAGCUAGAAAACCCUUAGCCUAGAGCAGGUAGAAACUCUUUUCAGCUUAGAAACUAGUUACAGUGGCCAAUUUACUUUAUCAGCUCAGUUGAUAAAACCAAAUUAUCUUGUUAUAUUCCCUCACUGACACAGCAGCACAUUUUCUUUAUAAAUUUACCCCCUUUGCACAAACGAGUACAUGAAUUUCUUGCAGCCAGUUUGAACCUCACAAAAUGACUUUGAGUGUCUGAUGAUGUAUGUCUCCUUUUUUACCUUUAAGGUAAAAUUCUACAAAAACGGUGUUUGUCAGGUGAGUUUAGUUGAAAGAAGUACAUGUAUGUUAACUUAUUGGUUUUGUUUGUCCUUUCUUGUGGAAACAGUUUCAUUGCUCGUAGAGCGCAUUUCGCCGGCUGAGUAUCAGAAAACCAAAACCAAAGUAAUCAUGACAGCCAAUCAGAAGAAAGGCAAAUAUCACAAGGAGCCAAUUAGAACUCAAUGUUAAAAAAAGCGCGGGAAAAUCCUAGUGACCAAAUUGCGAUCUGGGUUAGCUCUGCAACUGAUUGGCUGUGAGGACGGCGCAAGUUUUCUAGACCAAUCGACGGAUCAGUUGAAGAAAACCAGAACCAAAUGGUACACCAGACCCCUCUUACGUAAAUACUUUAUAUGUGAAACAGUUUUCUUUCUCUUUGCAUUAAGGGAGUGGCGUGGCAGGAGAUUUAUGACGGAACCUAUUAUCCGGCUGUAUCGCUGUAUAAGAAUGCUACGGUACAUUCACGAACUUUAUUGCGGAUAAAUUAUUCUCCAUCAUUUAUAACACGAUUAAAAGCUGAAUUAUAUUCUUGCAUGAUCAAAUUUUUUAUAGGUCACCAUCAAUUUCGGGCCUGAUUUUAAACAUCCACCACCAGAUGAAGAAUUCCAACCGGUAAGCAAAACACUACAGCUUAAUAUACUCACCUAAAACAUUAACCUUGAUACCUUAAAUGUUUUCUCCCCUUCAAAAGAGGAAACUAUUUGCAAAUAUUUUUCAGGGAAGACUUUUUAAAAAAACAAUUUUGUCUGAUCAGCUAGAAAUUGUAGAAUGUUUGUUUUACCCUUUAUAGAUGAGCUUUAAAGCUGUGGAAUUUGCUGUGGAACAGAGUUUAUCAGACCUGUUGUCCCAUGUGGAUUCACAAGACAGACCCGUUCCAAUCCCCGAGAAAAUCCUAGUUCCUCCAAAGAGGAAGUGACGUAUAUUCACCUUCUACCGCUGACAGCUUCAGUAUUGCCACGUCACAUUCACCAAAUGCUUUGAAGUGUUUCCAGACGUCAAAGACAGAGACCAAACUUGAGAGGCGCUGGUGAGGGAUUUGACCGCCAGAAAGCAGCCAUACGUUGGUCUUGCAAUGUGCUCGCCGGAAAAGUCCAGUCACGUAUUAAAUUAUGUCAGCUUUUUUUCGAAUCCUUUCAAGGAUUUUGUGCAUCAUUUAUUUAACUGGAAAGAUGCAGUUACUUUUUUUGUGUUUGGAACAAGAUAAGUAUUUCGUACGCAGUAUAACACUUGUAAAGUAUGUCGUACAGUUCUAUUGGUGCUGUUUUGAGCAUAAACAACACAGAGUUCAAAAGAUUUGUGAACAAUUGCCAUUUACAAAUGAAUGAAUUUUUAUAUUCUAAUUUCUUUCUCUUCCAAUGAUCUUUUUUAUUGGCUUUUUGAGACGUGCUCUCGUGUUUACUUGGCGUAUUAUUCAGUUUAGCCAAACCAGCAAUCAUUUGUACCAUAAGAUUCAGCAUAAAGUAAGCUUUUAUACAUGUUACAAUGCGCAUAAUUAGGGUCUUUUUUUAUCUAAUAAAGCACAAUUUCUCUGGU